AACAAGCAUGACUACCUCUGGCGUGAAACUUCUUUCCAGAAUAAAACCAAGACUUCCUGAGAAAUGGAAAGGUGGAAAAAUAGAGAAAAUAGCAAAUUAUUUUAAUAUCAUCCUCAAUGACUACCACAUGGUAUAUAAAGACACAAUCCGUGAUAUGAAGGAUCGACCUCUGAAGGCAUCUGUGUAUGUAUCGCUCUUGGCAACAGCUGGGGCCCUCAUCAAAACCAAUCCAACUACACCGAAAGAAAACUAUCAAGCACAUUUACUGGAAUAUCAUAAUGAUGUGGGUGUUGUUGGAGUUUCAGUAAGGAAUCCGGAAUCUGUUAAUUUUCUACAGAAAAUGUUUGCAGCACAUAAAGACUAUAAACUAAAGUUUCAUAACUUUUACCUGUUUACACUUGUAAGGAUUGAUGCAGGAUCUACAGGAGUGGAUUUGUUUGCUUCCAAGUGUAAACAAAUCAAACCUCACUGGAAAGAAUUCCAUAAAAGUAUUGUGGAUGUGUGUGUAUUUGGACGUUGGAUUAAUUUGGAGAAAGCCAUGCAAGAUUAUGAUGUUAAUCCUUCUGAAUGGGAAAAAUAAAUUGAAUAAUAGAUGCAAAUAGAAUUUGUUCUAGUGAUUUCAACAUUUUAAUUUAAUGAAUGUAAGAUAAAAAUAAUCUUGGCGCCAAUCAUUUGUUCAUGAUCACAUGAUAGAUCAGGAAAAUGGGAUCUCUUGCUAUGGUUAUUUUGUUUUCUUUUUCAAUUUCUGCAUCCAUUCAAACAAUAUAAUUUCAUUACUACAAUGACAUGCUGGAGUUUUGGCUUUCUAUUUGUAAAUUAAAAUUUGACCUUGACCUUUUGAUCUUCACUUUCAGAUUAUGAUAUUGUGUCUGGAAUAUGAGCUCUCUGGGUAAUUGAAGACAUUCAUUGCUUGCUAUUUUUAGACCUUUUGACAUUGAAGGUCCAGAGUACAUAUUAGGAUUGAGUGCCUAAAGCCAGUGAAGUCUCAUGAACAAAUGUGGUUUACAAGGUUGUGAGGGUUAUGUCCCCUUCAGCAUGGCUUAAAGAUAUUGGUGCAAAUUGUCUUUCCCUAUCGUAUCCCAUAAAAUAUGAUCUGUUUGAUACCAUCUUCAAGACAAAUUGAUUUAAAACAGUUUUUUCAUGUCUCAAGCUUGAUUGUAAAAUUUUUACAUUAUCAAUAAAGUGUAAGUGUAUGGAUAUUCUCCCUAUAAUCAAUAUGAUAGAAUAUGAAGCUCAUGAUGUCAUCAUGAUUGAAAUCGGGUGAGUGUGACCUUUACUUCAAGGUAAAAUAUAUGCUAUAAGUAAACAUCUCUGUUAUUGUAAGCUUGAUAGAAUAACAAGUUACAGACUUAGGUUGUCUGUCCUAGUAUUGUCUUUUUGAAUAUCAUUCUGUCUGGAGGGGAUUAUUACUUUGUAAAUUUUUUAUAGUCAACUAGUUGUCAUUUUACAUUUCACAUCUAGUAUAGGUUAAAGUUCCCGGAACUAGAGGGGGUCUAAUACUGGAAGGAAACUGAACAGUACCUGAUCAGAAAAUGAAAUCCUGGUCAUCUAAGUGGCACUAAAUUUUAAAUACAGUUUGAAUUAAGAACUUAAAUGCUUGUCAUCUCUAAAGUUCUAAAAUGCUAAGUACAUUAAGACUAAACCAUAUCAAAGUCUGUGUUUUAUGUGUUGUCAUAAAAUACAAAAACAAAUAAAAUAACUCUUUUACGAAACACUUUAUUUGAGAUAUCUUGUAGAACAUGUAAAUGAAUGCUUUAUAAAGCUAAUGGAAUGUUCCAAAGGUACAGAUAAAUUAAGUCACAACCAGAAGGUCGAGUAAUCACAUUGUAACAAACGAUGGAGGUGACAGAAGCACAGAAAUUAAACAUACAUCUACAUCACAGAAACAAUAUACACCUAAGACUCAUGAUAACCAUGGCUAUCCUUGCACCAUGUUAGUAACGGGUAAUAGUAAGAUUUCAUUUAGAACUGUAGACAAAUGUUUAAAUGAAAAGAAUUGUUAUCUGCCAUUUUAUUGUUGAUGUAAUAUGAUAAUGAAUGAAUUAGACCUAUGAAUCAUAUUUUGAAAACAUGAUAAUUGACUCCCCAAUGUUUUAUUUUAAUAGCGAGGCCAGGUAUAAGAACUUCAAAUUCUUUAUCUGUGAGGAGUUAAUGAGAACUGUUGCUCUACAAUUGGUCUUAAAAUACUUUCAUGAAACAAUCUAAAAAUGUCCUUUCUGAUUAACGCGGGAAUAGGAAGUCCAUUUAGCAUAAUGUCUCGUCAUAUUCUACAUCAUGCUCAUGGUACUGCAUAUCAAAAUUGAACUACUGUUGAUGUGAAAUUUAUACACAAAAUAUAAUGCUGGCUAUUUCAAAAAUGUGCUUUGUGCAAACAAAUACAUUUACAGGUAUUUACUUACAAAAUAAACAAGGUCUAGAAAGAA